AAGUCCGAGCUUAGUUCGAUACGAGAGAUUGUUCGAUGCGCAUCUCUCCGCCGCUUGGAAACGCGAGGUGCAACCGAUACGCCGAUCACGGGGGCCACGUGUACCUCCCCAAUUGAAUCGGAAGCGUUGUUGAUCUCCUUCUUCGGUUCUUGCUUUUGCUUUAUUUUUUUUUUUUUCUGUUUUUGCUCCGGUUCUCGGUUCAAAAUAAUCGCGCGCGAUCGGAGAGUGAACAAAUUUCUUUUACGCGGGAAGUGCCGAUCGGUGAUAGGUGGUAAAUAUAAUCACGGCCGUAUAUUCGCACUUGAAGUAGAAUUUGUGAUUCUAGACUCGCGGUAAACUAGGAGGCGUAAAAUAUAUGCCGCCAGCGGAGCGUGAAUUUAGCUGUUAUGCCGCGGUAAUUGAAAUUACAUCGUUGCAUUCGGAAAUUUAAAGAUGUAAGAAACUUUCAUCGGAAGAAUAACAUAAACUCGACGCACGACGAAAAAAAAAAACUAAAAAAAAACUAAAAAAAAAAAAAAAAAAAAAAUGUACAGUUUAAAAAUGUGCCAAAGGACGAUAAUCCUCUUGCUCCUCGUGUCAUCGACGUACUCGCAGUUUUUCGAUUUCUACAAAAUCAAAUCCUACGUAAAGUUCUUCGACAUCAGAGAUCUCUACACGAAUGACACGGGCAAUUCGCUUUGGCAAGGAAUUUUGAAAGACUGCUCGAAGAAGACGUCGUUCUCCUGUAUCCAGAAAAACGUCUACACUUACCUGGACGAUACCUUCACCGACAGGGAAAACAUCACGGUGUUCGAUGGCUUCUAUAUGACGAAGAACGAUUUGGAUUACCACAAAUAUUCGGCGGAAUACAACGAAAACGAAAGAGAGAACGACGUCGAGGAAGGUGGAGAAUCGAAGAGCGACGAAUCCGGAGACGGUACGAAAAGAACCGACGACGAGACUCCGGAUAUCGAGGACGAGUUUGAGGAACCAUUAUCGCCACUGGAAGAAGUAACGAAUGCGAUUCACGGCAAGGCUAUAGAGUUCUUGGCUACCAGAAAUUACGAAGUUCAGCUGCCCUCGUUCUUCUUUGAAGGAGCAACGAUCAAAGUCAGUCCAAAAGAAGUUGACGAGGACGGGGCCCUGAUAAGAGUUGAUUUCAAACAAAGAGAUCUCUCCACCCAGGGGAGAUUCUUCAAGAAAAUAAAGAAAUUCAUCCAGAGCAAAUUGGUGACCAGUUUCCUCGCCCUCUUGUUGAUCAUAAAGUUGAUAAAGAUCAAAUUCAUGUUCGUCAUUCCGUUCCUGUUCGGCGUCGGGACUGCGAAGAAAUUAUUCCUGAAGUUGCUUUUGUUCCUGAUACCGGCGUUCGCCCACGUUUUCAAAUUAUGUUCCAGUUACUACAGUAGCGGGACUAAAUAUCACCAUCAUCAUCAUCAGAUCGCUCACCAUCACCACCACGUGCCAGUUCCGGUUCCGAUUCCGGCGUACCACGACCAUCAUCAUCCUCACCAUCACGAAUCGGAGGAUAAUUUCGAGGGCUACGACUACGCGCAUCCUCACAUCCAGUACAGAAAGGACGUCGAGGAAUUGAAGGAAUGGGGAAUCGAGCCGUACGACGAUCCGGGUGUAGUCGCAUACGGUCCUUACGCCCAAGUCGUUGAUCCGUCAGCCGGUCAAUACGGGAUGCCUCAAUACGCGGCUAACGCCAGACCGGUCGGUCUUCCCAAUCACUUGGGUCCGUUCGAGAAGUACGCGCCCCAGAACCAGAUGAAAUACGACAAGCCACCGGGGCCCCACGACAAUCCGAAUCCCAACAUACGGCACACUUUGAACAACCUCGGUCCGACCCAGUUGAACAAAAAUCGAAUCGGAACGAAAGGUGGCGUCGCCAAUCUGGGGCCGAUCGGCAACCACGCGCAAAAUUUGGCGUUCAACGGGUAUCUCGACGACGUGAGACUCACGCGGGCCACGCCGCCCGUCACCGAGUCGAAUCUGCAAAAGGGACACCAUCAGCCGUUCAACCCCCAAACGAGGCCCGUCAACGGCUUUCAGAAGAGCGUCAGCUUCGCCACGAAAUCCGACAACUCCAACACGGCCGACAAUUGGUUCGGCGACAACGCUCUCCGGGGUCAACAGGCGAUAAAGAGUCCCGUUUUCGUCCACGCGACUCCGACAGCGCAGACUUACGGUCAGUCGCUGAACGCCGCCACCCAGAACCUGAUGAAACCGUUUCAGCAUCCCUCGAACGCCUUGCCGAAUUCUCAGCAGGCGUUUCAGCACCCGCUCGCCCUGAACCCGUCAGCGACGAGCGUCCAGAAGCCGGUUUACAACCACCAGCAGCAAUCUCAGAAGCAAACCAACGGCGUCGAGACGCUGAAACAAGAAUUACCGGACGUUGCGACCAACAAUCAACCGAGGCGAUACGACGACGAUUAUUACGGACCGAUUCUCGGCCGCCUCGACGAAAUAUUCAAACAACUGAGAUUCGCCGAGGAGGUGUGCAGGGAGCGUUUGAUAUGCAGCAUGUACAAAAAUCCGGCGAAUUACACACCGCACAGCAAUCUGGUGUCGAACGAACUGUCAAGAGAACCGGAAGAACUGAGACAGGGGAACAAAGAGAGCGUUUCGGGACGACGCUUCCAGCGAUAUCUGAACGCUGCGAGGACCGGACAAGAUGGCGGUGAUUGCCCGAGGCUUUACGCCUGUUACAUAAGCAGCAAAUAGCCAAAUUCUAGCGCUCAAAGUUUAACGUGAACUCCAAAUAUAGACAUUUAGCUGAUACGAAGUUUUUUCACUAACGUGAAUCGAUCGCUUUGUUUUUCUUCUUGUUUUUUUUUUGUUUUUUUUCCAAUUGUAAUUUGAGCCGAAUUUUGUGCGCCAUAAAUCGGCACCGUUUCGCUUCUUACGUUUCAAUUUUCCUAUUUAUUCGUCGAUCACGUUAUGGCGCACAAAUUUCCAUGGCUCAUUUUAUCGAAAAACCGCAUAACUCGCGACUCCGAAUAUUCGAGAGGUCUGAGUUUCUGGUUGUUCCUUAGGUUUGGAUAAAUUUUAUACUCGUUUAACGAUCAUCGCGUCAUUCUAUUUAUAUUCUUACUAAACAAAUGUCUCAGUAUCAUCUAAUUAAUAUCUAAUUUAUAUAAAUAAUUAUAUCAUUCGCAUAUAUAUAUUAAACAGGGUGCCAUUGCCAUCCGUUGGUAGAUAAGAUAUUUGUAUAACGUUAAACAUUCGAAAAUUAUAUCGACAAUCAUUUUACGGAAUGUUUGUAUUUAUUUGUAUAAUUGUAUCUGUUCUUGUUUGUUUUUUUUGUUUGUUUUUUUUCAUCCUUUGUAUCGUGUGUGCUCAAUAGUUGUAACAAUCUGUAAAUUAUGUACAAUAAAGUGAUUUCAA